GCAGGGAAACGGACUCCAACCAAAUUUAAACGGGGAACAAACUCGCUGUAACAACCUACCUGUGCUGCCUGCAUUCGCCCGCCGCGCCUCCUCACCCCUCCGCUUGCGCCUCCGGCUCACGGAUUCCUUCGCCUCGCCAAGUUCGCCUCUCCAAAAUCUCCCUGCUCCAGAAGCUUCCGGGGCCGCGAUUCGAGCUCCUGAUCCUUCGCCCGCGCGGCGGGGCCGCGGUUUCGGGAGUCGCGGGAGCUGCUCUGAUUCGCCGGAGGCGCGGCGGGGAAUGCUCUACCUCAAGCUGCCGGCGGGGGAUUUAGGGUUCCGGCGAGAAGUGGCGCGGCGGGGAACCGGCGGCGGCGGCGGGGCCUGAGGUGGAGCGAGCGGGUGAUCCGGCCGGACCGGCCAUGGCGGCGGCGGCGGCGGCGGCAGCGAUGGAGCAGGAGGCGGAGGCGGAGGCGACCUGCCUGCAGAGCUUCGAGCUACAUGAGAGCGAGUCGAGACUUUACAUUCUUGGAACUGAUGCUGACAAAACACUUUGGAGGUUACUCAAGAUUGAUAGAUUUAAGCCAUCAGAGCUAGACAUAGAUGAGUGUUCUACUGUGUAUACACAAAGUGAAUAUCCUGAUCUGUUGAAAGGUUUUGAUGAAGACCACAUGUCAACUGGUGGGGUAAAAUUUGUUACAAAAUUCUAUGGCAUAAUUGGUUUCAUUAAGUUCCUUGGGCCAUAUUACAUGCUAAUUAUUACAGAGCAGAAAAAAAUUGGGGAAAUAUUUGGUCAUCCUGUGUACCAGGUGACUAAGACUUCAAUGGUCGAGUUAGCAAAUUCUAAGACACGAUCAAGUUUUCAAAACUCAAAGGAUGAGACCAGAUACAAGAAGAUCUUGAACACACUUGAUCUUAGGAAGGAUUUCUUUUUCAGUUACUCAUACCGUAUCAUGAGAAGUCUUCAGAAGAACUUGAGUGAUCCACAGGAUGGAUGGACCUUGUAUGAGACAAUGUUUGUGUGGAACGAGUUUCUGACACGACACAUCCGCAAUCGUCUAAGAAAUACUUUGUGGACCGUUGCAUUGGUCUAUGGUUUUUUUAAGCAGGAUACAUUCUCAAUAUCUGGGAAGGAUAUUAUGCUCACGCUCAUUGCUAGACGCUCGAGACAUUAUGCUGGAACCAGAUAUUUAAAGAGGGGGGUGAAUGAGAAGGGCAGAGUAGCAAAUGACGUAGAGACUGAGCAAAUUGUCUAUGAAGCUGUGGCUGGACCUACAGAAGUAAGUUCUGUUGUGCAGAACAGGGGUUCAAUCCCGCUAUUCUGGUCACAGGAGACAUCGAAGUUGAAUAUUAAACCUAAUAUCAUAUUGCAUGAGAUGGACAAUAAUUAUGAAGCUACCAGGCUUCAUUUUGAAAAUCUUAGAGGAAGAUAUGGAAAUCCUAUCAUUAUCUUGAACUUGAUUAAGACACGCGAGAGGCGAGAGUCUAUACUUCGCUGUGAAUUUGAUAAGGCAAUCAGGGUAAUAAACAAUAACUUAUCAGAGGAGAAUCAGCUGAGGUUCUUACAUUGGGAUCUUCAUAAAAACUCUCAAGGCAAACCGACAAAUGUGCUCGAUGUUCUACUGAAAGUGGCAUUUCGGGCUCUGAGUUUAACCGAGUUCUUCUAUUGUCAAGUUGCACCAGGGUCUGAGACUGCUGCACAUUGGCCCGCUCCAUUGAGUGGUCUUGAUCCAUAUUUAUGUGACGACAACAGCAAUAGCGACAACACAGAAUGUACUGAUAUUGUUGGUGACAUGUCCCAAGAGGAUAUCUCUGGCAGCUCUGAUUCCUCUGGUAAUGCGACUGGAGAAGACAAAGUUGAGAAUAGUGAAUUGCCCCCACCAAAACCACCGAAAUUCCAAAAAGGUGUCUUACGGACAAACUGCAUAGAUUGCUUGGAUCGUACUAAUGUUGCUCAGUAUGCGUAUGGUUUAGCUGCUCUUGGACAUCAGCUGCAUGCGCUUGGUUCUGUGCAAUCUCCAGAACUCGGUUUAGAAUCUCCCUUGGCCCAUCAUUUGAUGCACUUUUAUGAGCGAAUGGGUGACACCCUUGCUGUACAGUAUAGCGGUUCGGCUGCUCAUAACAAGAUAUUCUCUGCAAAGAGAGGCCACUUGAAGCUUUUUAUUCGGUCACAAGAGUUCUUCAGGACGCUACAACGGCACUAUAGCAACACCUGCAUAGAUGCUAACAAACAGGCGGCCAUAAACUUAUUUUUGGGAUACUUCCAGCCACAGCAGGGAAAACCUGCACUCUGGGAGCUAGAAUCACCUUCCGGGGAGCAUAGCAAUGAACUUUUUGAUGACUGCACAAGUACAUUGAAAAGAGUGAAAUCAGAUGGCAGCAUUCUUCGUGAAAGCAACACUUCUAUAUCUGGCUCCGGCCGUGGCCACAAGGAACCGUUGAAUGCAGCGCAACCUGACGUUAAGAGUGGAAUACAGUUUCCAAAUUUGGAAUCUGACUCAAUGCAUGAAAAUGAAAUUUCAUCAGCCUGUGAAAGUGGGAUGUCAAACCUAAGAUAUACUCCCACAGUGUCUCGUAUACUUCAUGUCCCAAGCGCUGAACAUGAAUAUUGCAAUGAUUCUGGUGACUCAAACUUCCUGGAUCUUGAAUGGCUCUCAACUUCAAGCGAUGAAAGGUCUACUGCAAUUACCACACCAGAUGUGAACCUGUCAACCGAGAAUGUCAUCAGUGGCAUUGAUCCGUACAUCAAGGAAAACCAAGUCGCUGAAAUGCAGGCUCAGAAGUUACCUGAGCAUUUUGUGCAGUGGGUUUAUCACGGAGACACCUUUUGGUAUUGAGAUUACUCUGGUGUUGUGUCAUGUAUGCCUGACUACUUGAAAGACCAGCUUCUCUUUACCAAGUAGUCGUCGGACAGAUCCAAGUAGGAGAUUAGGAGGUGAGCAUGACAUGGAUGGCACAGCACGUCAGGCUUCGUCUCGUGAUAUAUGCCAGCAUCAUCCCAGAGUCCUUUAGGGACGUAUACUGUAUACCAUCUGUUUAUGUGUUCACAUGUUUUUACCUUGGGCGAGUAGAUAGGUAUUUUUCUUUUGAAAGAAAAUAGAGAUAGGUGUGGUUACUAUUAUUAUUCUGAAAUUGUAUCAUUAUUCCUUGGAGCAUUCCAUGUUUCAUGUGUAAAUAUAUAUAUAUGCUUGAGGUGUUUUCGGUGGA